CCCCAAAUGUCCCCAAUGUCCUUGGGGUGUCCCCAAAGUGUCCCGAAUGUCCCCAAAAGUGCCUUCAGAUGUCUCUGGGUUGUCCCAAAGUGUCCCCAGCUGUCCCUGGGGUGUCCCCCACAGUGUCCCCAGUGUCCCCAAGUGUCCCCUGUGUCCCCACUGCAGGAGGCCCUGCAGAGCAUCGCCACCGACCCCGGGCUGUACCAGAUGCUGCCGCGCUUCAGCACCUUCAUCUCCCGAGGGGUGUCCCCAUGGUGUCCCCAGGUGCGGGUGAACGUGGUGCAGAACAACCUGGCGCUGCUGAUCUACCUGAUGAGGAUGGUGAAGGCCCUGAUGGACAACCCCACCCUGUACCUGGAGAAAUACCUGCACGAGCUGAUCCCGGCGGUGAUGACGUGCAUCGUCAGCCGCCAGCUGUGCCUGCGGCCAGAUGUGGACAACCACUGGGCCCUGCGGGACUUCGCCGCCCGCCUGGUGGCCCAGGUGUGCAAGAACUUCAGCACCACCACCAACAACAUCCAGUCCCGCAUCACCAAGACCUUCACCAAGAGCUGGGUCGAUGACAAGACGCCCUGGACCACGCGCUACGGCUCCAUCGCGGGGCUGGCCGAGCUGGGCCACGACGUGAUCAAGACCCUGAUCCUGCCGCGGCUGCCGGCCGAGGGCGAGCGCGUGCGGAACAUUCUGGAAGGGCCGGUGGUGAGCACCAUCGACCGCAUCGGGGCCGACCACGUCCAGAGCCUGCUGCUGAAGCACUGUGCCCCCGUGCUGGCCAAGGCGCGCCCCCCCCCCGACAGCCCCGAGUGCUACCGCGGCGAUUUCGGCUACCUGGGGGGGCUGCUCUGCUCCCACGUGGUCAAGGCCCGGGCCCAGGCGGCCCUGCAGGCCCAGCAGGUCAACAGGACCACGCUGACCAUCACCCAGCCGCGCCCCACGCUGACGCUGUCGCAGGCCCCGCAGGCCCCGGGGGCCCCCCCGCGCCCCCCCAGCAUCAUCAAGGUCCCCAGUGCCAUCGCCCUGCCCGUGCCUGUCCCCGUCCCUGUCCCCACGCUGGCCCCCGGCCGCCCCGGGACCCCCACGCAGCCAUCGCCGCCCCCCCCCAAGUUCAUCGUCAUGUCCUCGGCCAGCAGCGCCAGCCAGCAGGUGAUCACGCUGAGCACGUCCCCCGCCCCCACGGCCACCUCUCCUGUCACCACCACUGUCCCCAGCGUGCAGCCGCUGGUCAAGCUGGUGUCCCCCGCUGUCCCCAGCAGCGCCACCAGCAGUGCCACCAGCAGUGCCACCAGUGUCCCCGGCACGGUGCAGAAAUACAUCGUGGUGUCCCUGCCCCCCGCCGCGGGGGACACCAAGGGUGGCACUGCCACCAGCACCGCCACCCCCCCGCCCGCCCCCGCCCCGCAGCUGUCCCCGAGUGCCACCAGCGGCUCCCCGGUGGCCUGUGCCACCGCUGCCACCCCCAAGGCCGAGGCUGGGGACAGUCCCCAAGGGGCCACCGCCGCUGUCCCCUUCAAAGCCAACGGGACCCCCGCGCUGGGGGGGACACAGGAGCCACCCGCCGGGCAGUGACAGCCACAAAAUGUCCCCAAAAAGUGUCCCCAAGGGGCAUCAAGGGACACCAGGGGGGCACCGGGGUCACCAGGGGGCACCAG